AUUAUGUUUAUAUAUCCAAGGAACGACCCGGGCCCUUCAAGUCCCGACCUGGGCCCUUCAAGUCCCGACCUGGGCCCUUCAAGUGCCGACCCGGGCCCUGCAAGUCCCGACCCGGGCCCUGCAAGUCCCGACAUGGGCCCUUCAAGUGCCGACCCGGGCCCUGCAAGUCCCGACCCGGGCCCUGCAAGGAGGUUUAGGAAGUACAUGUACUUAGUAGAAGCACUGGAGUUGGAGUUAAGUUUAUAGAUGUAGAAGAGAGACAGGAGCCCCAUGUAAUUUUUCCAGGAAGACAAAAUUGUUUGAAUAGUUCAGAACCAGUUCCUGUAAACUUGCCAAUAUUUAUACAUGGUACAGGAAGAUGUGAAAAUGCAAUGCCUGAAGGUUUCCAACCCUUAGAUGUAGAUUAUCGGGAAGACGAGUCAACGGAUUUAUGCACAGAAAGUGAUUCAGAAGAGGAGGGGAUGGUACAACGGAAGCUUGAACUAGAGUCGGCGGAUUCAAGGGUGGAUGUUUGUGAAGAAACACAGGCCUCAGAACUGCAGGAUCACACACAGAGAGAACCAAAAAAUAAUGAACUUAUAACUAUUAUACCAGAAACACAAGAUUUUGAUAAUGUAGAAAACUUGGAGGAUGCAAGUACUAGCAGGAACAAUGAAUUAGAAAUGGAAGAAUAUUGUAAGUCAAAUUCAUCACAAGAAACUUAUUGUGAUGAAAUUGAUGGUAUACAAAACACUUUAUCUGAGGAGCUGUUCAACACAGGGUCACUUGUUGAAAGUGUAAUACCUCUCAAUAAGAAACAUACCAGUGUUGAGGUGUCUCAGGAGAAGGAUGGCAUGCAGGGUGAGCUCAGCAAAGAAAAUAGAAAACCUGAAGCUAAUAAACCAAGUACUGCAAUAACAAGUUCUGUAGAUUUGUUUUCAAAUAGCAUAGACGUUGAUAGGGGAGUUGUGGUGGAAAUAUCACACUCAAUAACCAGAAAUAAACCAAACCAAGUUGAUAGCCAGAAUUCAGAAGCUGAAGGUCAGCUUAAUUUUGCAAUACCUGUACCAGAAAAUAUAACAGAAGAUGAUAUCAAUCAAAUGCAGCAAUUGCAAGAUUGUGUUGCUCCUGAUUUAUAUUUAAACCCCUCACCCACAAAAAAUGAUGCAGAUAUUGCCAAACUGAAGCCCCCUAGCAAUAAGGAUUCUUUGACAGAACAGUCUCCAGCUCAGGCUGCCAAGAGUGUUGUUCAGUGGAUUAUUCCUGAUCCUUGCUUUAACCAAAAAAAUUUAACAGACAGUGAAUCUGGGGAAAGUACACGUAUUGAAGAAUAUGCCUCGCCCUUGAAAGAUGACAACACUGAGGCUCCCGUACAAAAAGACUUCAGAUGUAGAUAGUAGCCCUGAAGAAAGGCAAAUUUCAUAUAUGGCAGCUGGCCAGUCCAAAACCAAGCAUAGAUCAAUUCAAUACCCUAAAAGAGCCUUACAUGAACAGUAUUCAACAUCACCAGAAGAAAAAAAUCGCCAGCCCCGAAAACGGUUCUAACCAUUGAAAAAUAAGAAAAGAUCAAGAUUUGCUUGUGACAUGAGCUCACCGCCAAGUAAAAUAGUGAUCCAAAGGUCAAUACCAACAAAUCCUGAUGGGAAUCAUGUCCUUCAAGGAGCCUUAAGUGUGAAGCCUACCAGAACUACAAAGGUAAGACAUUUUCUGUAGUCUACUUUUAGUCAAGUAACUUUAAUAUGUGGCAGCUUUCUUGUGGUUGUUAUAAGUCAUCAGCCCCCUUUAAUGUACCCCAGGGUUGAUCUGAUAAUCCUUUUGGAUAUACGGAUUACUUUUCCCUACCACUGUACAAUCUGUCUCAUGAAGGGGACUUUGACAGCUGUUAUCCAAAAAUCUGAAAAGUCUCAUUAGAACUUUGAGUAACUAGUCAGCACUUAAAAUUAUUGAGGCUAUUGUGUGCUAAAUUUGGUUUCGGGUAGAAAAAAGUAUAGCUAUUUAAGCUUUGUCACUUCUGGGGUGAAUUCAUUCUCUGUAAGGUCCCUCUCACUGGGAGC